AUACAACUCAUGUCACGUCAGAUUUUGCUGAUGUUGAAUAAUCAAUCCAAACCACAGGUGGUCUAAUUGGCAUCAUCAGCUAUGUCUGAUACUACUUCUUAUUACAGCUCUCCACCUUCAGGCAAUCCUGGAGCAACCGCUGCAGGUAUAAUUAUAGGCUUGGUGAUAUUAUUCGGCAUCGGAGUGGUUUCUUGCUACUGCGCCAGGAAAGCAAGGGAGGCAAUAGUGUCGGAACUGAAGGCAGCUGUUGCCCCGCCGCCGCCUCCAUUGAACAUGAUAACAGUUUGGGAGGUGGACGCCCCAACGAUGGAGAAAUUCUUUAAGGAAUUGGCUGAGGAGAAGCCUGUCCGGUUCACCGCACAGCAACUCUGCACUUUCACAGAGAACUAUUCGAUGACGUUGGGAUCCGGAGGUUUUGGGAGAGUCUACAAAGGGAAGUUCCCGAACGGUGUGAACAUUGCAGUCAAGGUACUAAACAGAGGAGCAAACAAUAAUGUGGAGGAGCAGUUCAUGGCUGAGGUUGGAACCAUUGGCAGGACUCAUCAUAUCAAUCUGGUGCGACUGUAUGGUUUCUGCUAUGACCAGUUCAUGAGUGCCCUUGUCUACGAGUACAUGGAAAAUGGAUCGCUGGACAGACACUUGUUCAGCGAAAGUCGCGAACUAGAAUGGGAGAAGCUACACGAGAUUGCAAUAGGAACAGCAAAAGGGAUAGCAUACUUACACGAGGAGUGUCAGCAGAGAAUCAUUCAUUAUGACAUCAAGCCUGGGAAUGUACUUCUUGACGCCAACUUUGCGCCCAAAGUGGCGGAUUUUGGCCUGGCUAAGCUCAGUGACAGAGAUGAUACGCAUGUUACCAUCACAGGGUUUAGGGGCACUCUCGGGUACUCAGCCCCUGAAUUUAUGCUGAAGAACUUCCCCAUAACCUAUAAAUGUGAUGUUUACAGCUUUGGGAUUCUGCUGUUUGAGAUAGUUGGGAGGAGAAAAAAUGCUAGAGGUGGAGGGGAAGAUGAUAGUCUUGACUGGUUUCCUAAGCAUGUGUGGGAAGAGUUUGAAAAAGGGGAGCUAAUAUCGUUGAUAGAAGCUUGUGGGAUUGAAGAGAAGGAUAGGAUUAAGGCUGAGAGAAUGGCUAAGGUGGCGCUAUGGUGCGUCCAAGAUUCCCCAGGAACACGGCCACCAAUGAGUGCCGUGGUUAAAAUGCUGGAGGGAGGAGUGGACAUUAUGGAGCCACCUAAGCCAUUUCACUACUUGUUUUCGGUUGGGACAAAUGCGCUGAAGCCGCCAAGUGAUUCUGGCAGUGGUUCAGGAUUUUCAACAAGUGAUGGAUCAAAUUCAUACUGGUAUAAAGAUACCACUACCAUUAUGGCCAAGUAUGAAAUACAAGUCGCCUCGUCAUAAAACACAGGCAACAGAUGGUUAGUUGCCUUUAUGUUUGUGUAGCAUCUAUGCAACUUGUCUAGAUUGUUUGUGUAAAAUGUUAGUUGAGUUAGAAACAAUCCAAGAGGAAAUAAGAACAAACUUGAACAUGUCA